UGUUUUUUAAUCAAAAAUAAAACUUAAACACAACUAAGAUACAACAUAAAUAAUAUUACAUUAUAUGUUUUAUUGCAUGUUAAAUUGAACUUAAUACCUUUUAUUUUAUUACAAUUUAUAUGAAUAAAUAAAGUCAUGUCGGAAUCUGGACCUGAACUUAAUACAACAAUUAAAUGUACAAAAUCGAUGCCUUGCAUUGAAUUAGCUUCUUCCAUAUUAUCUAAACGUUCACCGGGGUCUUAUAAAAGUGGUGACACGGUUUAUGAGCAGGAAAUCCAAAAACCUACUGAAAGACCAAACGUAAAAGCUUUGAUUGACAAACAUAGGUCAUUUCAAGACAAGUUACUAAAUGCUAAAGUUAACGAUUUCAACACUAAGAAAAAAUCAUUUGCCAAUGCUUAUAAAAAUUUAUGUGGUUCGUACAACGAUUGUAUAAAAAUGGAAGGUGACACAAAACAGGUGGAAAACGUCGACAGUUUUGUGAAAAAUCAAGUGUUUGAAGUUUUUAAUUCAAACAUUGUAUUAAAUAAUCCAAAACCACUGGAUGUAGAAAAAUAUGUGUUAAAAUCCGAUGAAAUUGAUUUCAAAACUGGAAUGCCCGAGUUAGAUAAAAUGUUGACAACUAUGGGCAAACGUUUUUGGCAAAAUAUUGUUUCCGUGGUCAGCAUUAACAAUGUUUACUACCAAUGUUUGACACAGAUAAUGGACACACGUAAAUUUAAAAAUUUCGAGGACGUAAUAGUUCAUGUCAAUUCGACGUUGAAAAUAGCAGGCGAUGAUUUUGAACAAAUCAGAUCGGAACUCGUCGCCUCUUGCAAGGAGUGUAUGGAAAAGUUCGGAAUCGUAUUGGACAGUAAACUAAAUGAGAAAUCAAAAAAAACUCCAUUAUCAAACCACAACAGUAAGAUGAGUGCGCUCAAAAUGCAGAUAGCCGAAAAUAAGAGACGCACGAAAGUUGCCGAAAACAGUAUCGCACAACUUCAGAAAGAAAAGAAGGACUUGUUGAACAUAUUAAACAGUUACGAUUCUGAAGACAUUCACAAAGUAACGUUAGAAAAACGGCUUGAAGCUGAGCAAUUGAAAAACAACGAAUUACGGGAUUUAAUUAGUACUAUUUUCAAAAAGAAAAUGCCUUUUAAUAUCACCAAUCCAAUAAAUAGUGACAUUGAAUUUGAAUAAAUAAAUGUUUUCAAAAUCACAAA